AAACCAGUUAGAAGAAGCUUCACUUUUGCUUGAACUUCGGACUGAAAAGAUUUUACCUGCUCAAGAUAAAAUGAUUGAAAGGGAGGAGAAGAUUUUGGAUCCAGAACACUCACUCAAAGAGAAUUGUAUCAUGGAGGAAAAACCAAGUAACCAUGGAGAUAGUCCCACUGAAAACAGCACAGUAGCAGAUUUUCCAAUGGACAACCCCCUGGAAAAAGCACAAGAUUUACUAGUGGACACUUCACAACAGUCAGACAAGUCAGAAUCAUUAGAGGUCAAUAAAGCAAGUGGACAUGGGGUGCAGACAGAUACAGCUAUGGAGAUUGACUCAGAAGAUGGCAACAGUGUGAGUCAGUGUGAAGAUCCAAAUUUACGUCAUGAGAAAACGGGCAGUGGUGACAGUAAUGCUGAUGGAAAUAUGGAGACCAUGCAGAUUUCUCAGCCAGAAACUGAAAGAAAAAUACAGACAGAAGAUUUGUCUUCUGCAGAACAGAGCACAGAAAGUACUGCAGAAACAGCAGCUGAACAGAGAGUUGAGGAUGUGGAAAAUACAACAUUAGGAGUCUCCUAUGCUUCCGAAUUAGAUACACAACAAGAAGAAAAUAGUCAGUCUUUACAUUCAGCUGAAACUGGCUCUCAAGAAAAUUCUCUUGACGCUGAAACAAAUGCGUACAAAAGUUCACCAGGGGUCAUUUCAUUUGAUAAUGUGGAUGUAAAUGAGGAAUCACCCACUUCUACAAAAUCUUCAGCAGACAGUCAGGAAAAUAAAGACACUGUGAAUGUGAGUGAAUUGCCAGAAGAGAUGGAAAUGGAUAAAGUUUCCCCAGGAGAUAAACAAGAAAUUGAUAAAAGCUCUCCAGAAUGUCAUGGCAGCAAUGAAGUGUUAGCAGAGAGUGGAAACAAAGAUAUUGGAAGAAGUGUCAUGUCUGAAGCAUUUUGUGAGCUGGAAAGUCAGAAUGAUAGCAUUGAUGAGGAUAGUGAUGGAAGGCUACUUAUAGACACAGAGGCUGAAUCAGAAAAUGAUGAGGAUUUGUCAAGGAGAAAGAAGAAUAACCACCAUACAGAAUCCCCACUGGCAGCUGAAAAGUUGUCGGGUCAACAGCCCAGAGAGUCUCCAUUAACCACAGAAAAGGAACCAAGUCAGCUCAAUGAGGCAGCAGAUGUACCUGAACGAAGGGCAACUGAAAAAAGUAAUGAUGUGAUUUCAGAUAAAGAUGUGAUGUUAGAAAGUGUGAAUGAAAAUGAAAGUGAAAGUAGAUUUGAACUAGUAAGAAGGGAGAGAGGUCCAGUGGAGGGGGGUCAGACCAGUUUGGAGGAUUUAAGCGAUGUUGGUCCCAAGAUCACCACCACAAAGACUCCACUGGGGGCUGUCAUUAAAGUGGAGCAGACAGAUGCAGGAUAUGGUGAUUCAGGGACUGGGGACAUUCUUGAUAUACUUCACAAACCUGAGAAAAGUACUACCGGUGAAGGUCAGAAGCGAAAACACAGUGAUCUGAAUGAUAAAGAUGGGGCACAGACACUUUCUUUUGAUCCAUCAGAAGUAGCAAAGAGAGUCAAAAAAGAACCAGUGGAUAUUUUUGACUCUUCCAAAUCUAACUGUUCGUUGAAUAUUUCUCCUAUGACUUCCAAAGGUUUUGUUCCACUUCAUUCAUCCAGGCCCCAGGAAUCUGGGACAGACUUUGUCUCCAGUAGUCUGCUACACCUUAGUAAACAGGUGGACAACAUAACAUCACAGCAAAAUAUACAGAAGGCCCCAACACUAGGUACUGUUGGUCCAGCCACACUAGCUCAACAGCAACCCUCCAUGUUGCGGCAUCAGCUGAACUCGAGUGUAAGAUAUCCACCAACAGUUUCUCGUAUAUCUAUUCCUUUUGUCAGGACCCAGGGGCCAGUUGUGCCAGCAAGUACACAGUCGGAUAUGAGAAUAAGGUCCGUAGUUCCUAAUCCACCCUCCUCCACUACUGCCACCAAUGCCAUAAUCACAUCCAUUGUGGGGAGUUCAGGAAAAACUCAACCUGUGCUGAUCACCACACAGACGAGAGCAGUCCCUUCUCUGAUGAACUCCACAUCCACAUUUAGAUACAAAAUUGUUCCCAAUGCCAGUGGAGGACAAAGUCUGGUGUCUGCAUCCACUGUUCCUAGUGUGUCCAAACCAUCCACCAUUGUUCCUAGUGUGUCUAAACCAGCCACCAGUGCUCCAUCCACCAGUAGUAGUUCAUCCGCUUCAUCACUGGAAGCUAUGUCUUCAUCUUCCAUCAACAUUGACACGGUUGGCAUGCAGACCAUUACAGAACUGAUCGCGAGGAAAAACCCACUGCCAAACUACAAGGUUACCCCUCCUCCACCUAACUUGAAAGUCAAUACAUCCGUGUUCACUUGCUAUGAGUGUGGAGACACUUUCCGCUUUUCCACAAGUCUGGAGACACAUCGUGGGAGGUGCAGCAUGAAAAUAACAUACAAAUGUGAGGAAUGCAAAGCUAUGAAAAUAUUUUUCAACAAGUGUCAGUUUCUUAGCCAUUUGAGGGGCCAUUUGAACAUAGAGAAAACUCAAGCUGUACCAAUUCACAUCAAAUCGGAUUCAAUUUCAAUCGAACCUCUGCCUAAAUCUCACCAGCAAGUCUUCUUCCAAAAGUUCUCUGUUUCCACAAAGACUAUUACCCAGAAGGUCAGUAAGAGGUGUGCAGAAUGUGGAAUCAGAUGCAGUCAAGCGGAAUUCGAAAAACACUUCUCAGGAGAGAAAAAAAUGGACGGAGGGUCCGUGAUAGGAAAGUGGAAAUGUGUUCACUGCAAGCUGCACUUCCCUUCCAUCUGUUCACAUAGAGCUCAUGCCAGGCUACACAAGGAGGAGGAGCUAGAUCGGAAGUUCACCUGCCCUGAGUGUGGAAUCGACCUGGCAGGGCUCAUGAUUGGAACAGAGCAGUUUGAUGACUUCAAGGAAAAGCUCAGUUAUCAUCUCAUCAAUGUCUGCUUUCAUCUGGAUAAAGUGGAUAUCAUAGUUUGUUCAAAAUGCAAUGCAGAGUUUUCCAGCAUCGAAGACUUUAAAUUUCACUAUUUUCAAAAACUGGAGCAAUAUUUCAAGUGUAAUGUUUGCCCCAUGGCCUUCAGGCAGCAAGAUUCCUUCAGCAAACACUUAGCCACACAACACAGUGACAUUCAGAGUGGUUAUCGAAAUAAUAAAAAGAUUGAUGUCUUUAAAGUGAUAUACAGAUGCCAUGUGUGUGGCAGUUUAAUCGAUGACCGAUUUGUACUGGACAACCAUCUGCAACAACAUGCCAUAGCUUCAAAAUCAGUCUACCGGUGCAAAGAAUGCCCCAGAAUUUUUCCAAACGGAGGAGAACUUGCAAGCCAUUUCAAUGAGGAUCAUCCAGAAAAGAUGAGAUCAAAGAUGUGUAAAAAAUGUGACAUUACAUUUGAUGCCUGGAAAGAUUUGCUAAAUCAUACAUUAAAAGGUGUGCAUGUCAACCCAACUAUAAAAGCGGCAUUCCAGUAUUGUGGAACCUGUGGCUUUUUCUAUGAUCCCACAGAAUCGGAUGGUGGGCAUGCUUGCAUGAGUCAGAAAACGGGAAGAAUGAUGGUCAACAAACUCCAAAACCUGUGCAGAAUCUGCAACGAGCGGAAAUUUUACAGCACUGAAGGGUUGCGGAAUCAUAUUUUGCAUACUCACCAAGAAAGGGGGUAUCUAGUCUGCAAGUAUUGCCAGAUAGGUGGGUUCUCUUCUGUGGCGGAGAUGAAAAUGCAUGAGAGUGUCUGUACUAAUGGGAAAACUCUGGUCAAACCAAAUAUUCUGAGACAGAAGAAAAGCCCUGCCUCCUCCUCUUUACUUAAUAAAAGAACUGAGAAAGAAGUGAAGGUCUCAAAGCAGCCACAGUCUCUGGUAAAUAUGCAGCCAUCCUUUUCAUGCCCCGACUGUGAUGAGAAAUUUCAAUCCAAGACAGAUCUUGAUAAUCAUCGAAAAGAUGAACAUAGCAAUCUAUUCCCGUGUCAUCUGUGCGGUUUGACUUAUGAAUCACAGCAGAGCCUACGCAAGCAUCUGCGGGUGUCCCACGAAGGGAAGACUCAUGUGUAUCCCUGUGUGAUUUGUAGGAAGAGGGGUAUAAGAAGGAUCUUCACCAAUGUCUUGGUUCUGGAGAAACACUUGGCUUCCAAACACAGAAUGAGUAAAAACCAGAUGAGCUCAAGCAUUGUGAACGAGAUUGACGAAGAAAGCGAAAUCCUGGAUCCACCACCUAAAUCCGUCAAAUCCUCCUCAGAAUCCACAGAGUUAAUCACAGAAAUGGACUCCCCAGUCAAACGUCUACAUGUCCAGGGGGAUCAAGUUUUCAACUGCGCAAAAUGUAGAUUUGGAUGCGAGAACAGAGAAGAGUUCCUCAAGCAUCUUCAGAUCCACAAGAUAGAUAACUCUGUCCAGUGUCUGGAGUGUGGCCUCUGCUUUGCCAUCAUCCCCUCCCUGAGGAAGCACCUGUUUAUGGUCCAUAAGGUGAAGGACUUUGAGGACUACUGCCAGAAGGAAGGCAUCAGCGUAAAGGAAGAGGAGUUUGUGUGUGAGGAGCCAGAGGAGUCCUCCUACACCAGCCCUGCCGAGGAGUCGGACCUCGAGGAGGAAGAACGGGACCCAUUGGAAUGCCGAGUCUGUUACAAGACGUUCGAGGACGAAAAUAAAUUACGCACACACAUGAGGAGUCAUGGGAUGGCGUUCAUCAGGAACAAGCGGAAGGAAAGAGCCAUGCAAAAGUCCAGGCAGUCGGCAUCCACUUCCAGCGUGAAAAGUGAAAAUACAAGUGAAAACAGUAAUGCAUCAUUAUCUGAUGCUAAAUAAGCAUCUGCUGUUAUUUGUUCCUUCAUGAAUAUUUCUCACACAGUGAGAAAAAUUGGAAAAUUUUAUGUAGCAUAUGUGCAUAACUACAUAGUUGCCAUUUAUUAUAUUAUAUAUAAUAGAAAAUAGUCUAUUGACUACAGUGUACUAGAUUAUAUAAUAAGUAAUUUAUACCAGGGUAUUACAGAUUUGGUAAAAAUAAAAGUUUCAAGAUUUUAUCGAAUUGUGUACAGCUAUAAUUUUGUAAUCAGUCAACUGGUGCCCAUCUGCUUGAUUCUAGGAGAGAAGUGAUAUUUUUAAAAAAAUAUAUCUGCAAAUAUCUGAUAGUUCCAAAUCUUGUAUUCUUGAAUUGCUUUAUAUGUAUCAUGCAUAUACAUGUAUCUUUCUGUGUCUGUUUACAAACAAAAUUAGGAACAGAAAUAUUGUGCAAUGUAAUUUCUAUGCAACAUUUUUGAAAUUAUCUAUUUUAUAUACUUGUGAACAUACAAUGUACAUCGCUUGUAAAAGGGCAGUUACAACUGAAGCUUUAAAACGGUUUGCCUGUUAAUUGUUAUGAUUGUUUUUUACUUAAAAUUUUUGUGUUCAUUGUCGACUGUUUUGGUUCGAUUUGUUAAAAAUAACUUCAGGAUAUGAUUUGUUUUAAGGACAUUGAAUAUGCAAGAUAUCCCUUAUAUUUAAUGUGUAGUUCUUUUGUCUCUCAAGUCAUGUACAGUUAAGAACCUUGAUAUCUCAAAUAUAUGAAUUCCAGCCUAUAUGUACAGUUCUCAGAUAUAUUUCCAGAUUUCCUUAACCCCCUUCUUGAUUGAGAUAUCAAGGUUUGACUCUACAUGUUAAGUCUGCUUUAUCAUACUUGCAUGUUUAAUACACAAAAAUGUGCAUUUUAUGUGUGAAAAAUUCAUGUAACUAUACAUAUAAAAUCACCCUCUCUCAUAUUGUUAUAUGCAAAUUGUACUUAAAAUAUUCUUACUGAUUUUUUUAUUUUUGCAAUAAAUCAUAUUGUAAAUUAC